GGCUGAACAAGCUGCCCGCACGGCACGACAUGGAGGCUGACAUCGAGCAGAAGAGAGCAGCGAUGGCAAAGCGGUACGUGAGGAGCCGGCGGCACACCAUCCAGGUGGAUUACAUCCCCUACAUGGAUGAACUCGCCUGCCAGGUGGGGGUCAAGCCCAACCUGCUCACUCUCUUCCUCACCGACCCCAAGCUGGCGCUGGAAGUGGCCUUUGGGCCCUGCACACCGUACCAGUACCGUCUGCGGGGCCCGGGCAAAUGGGCAGAUGCCAGGGAGGCCAUCCUCACCCAGCGGCAGCGCAUCCUCAAGCCCCUGCAGACGCGACACGUGGAGAAGCAAGCAUCAGCCUCUGCCAUGCCCCUCAUCUUCAAGCUGGACUGGGCUCCCAGAACGGUAGCCAUCAUCGGUGCCGGUGCCUCUGGCCUGUGCGCCCUGAAAUGCUGCCUGGAUGAGGGGCUGGUUCCCACAUGUUUCGAGAGGAGCGGGGACAUCGGGGGGCUCUGGCGCUUUGAGGAGCGCCCCGAGGAGGGCCGCGCCAGCAUCUACCGCUCUGUCAUCAUCAACACCUCCAAAGAGAUGAUGUGCUUCAGCGACUUCCCCAUCCCGGAGGACUUCCCCAACUACAUGCACAACUCCAAGAUCAUGGAGUAUUUCCGCAUGUACGCCCAGCACUUCGACCUGCUCCGCCACAUCCGCUUCCGGACCAGCGUGUGCCACGUGGCCAAGCGUCCCGACUUUGCCACCACGGGCCAGUGGGAGGUGGUGACUGAGAGCGAGGGGAAGCAGGAGGCGGCCGUCUUCGACGCCGUGCUGGUGUGCACUGGGCACCACAGCGAAGCGCACCUCCCGCUGAGCACCUUCCCAGGGCUGGAAAAGUUUGAGGGCUGGUACCUACACAGCCGGGACUACAAGAGCCCGCAGUGGUUUACGGGGAAGCGGGUGGUCGUGGUUGGCGGCGGGAAUUCGGGCAUCGACAUCGCAGUGGAGCUGAGCCACGCAGCCAAGCAGGUCUUCCUCAGCACCAAGCGUGGGACCUGGGUGCUGCACCGGGUGGCAGAUGGUGGGUACCCCUUCGACAUCUCCUAUAUCAGCCGCUUCACACAGCUCCUCCAGAGCCUGCUGCCUCAAAACGCCAUCAGUUUUUUCCUGGAGAGGAAGGUGAAUGCCCGCUUUGACCAUGCGCUGUACGGCCUGCAGCCCCAGCACCGGAUCCUUGACCAGCACCCAACCAUCAACGACGACCUGCCCAACCGCAUC